AAACGCAUGCUCAUCUUUUGUGGCGACUGGUAUCGUAGGCAAGGCGAGAAUGGGGAGGGCACCAUGCUGUGACAAGGCUAGCGUGAAGAAAGGGCAUUGGUCUCGUGAGGAAGACAAGCAGCUCAGGGAGUACAUAGAGAGGCAUGGAACCGGUGGAAACUGGAUCACUCUCCCUAACAAAGCUGGGCUCAACAGGUGCGGGAAAAGUUGCAGACUGAGAUGGCUCAACUACCUGAAGCCCAACAUCAAGCACGGGUGCUUCUCCGACGAGGAGGACAGGAUCAUCACCACCCUCUACGCCAGCAUAGGGAGCAGGUGGUCAGUGAUAGCCAGCCACCUCCCCGGGAGGACGGACAACGACAUCAAGAACUACUGGAACACGAAGCUGAAGAAGAAGUUCUCAGGGAUAUUGAUCCGCCCACAACCAAAGAGAAUAAAGAGAGUUAACCACCGCCGCCACCAGCAGCAGCAGCAGGAGUAUAGCUACGGCGGGUUUCCCUCGUCGUCGGAUUCUUCCGACCCCUUACUUUUGUCCUCGCCGAUCGCUGCGUACCUGCUAAGCUCGCUAAACAGUGGGAACGCGGCCGGCACGGGGGACCCGGCGCAGCAUCUUCCGGCGGCCCCGGUGCAGUACGGUUCCUUUAACCCCAUGGAGAGCUGGGGCGGUGAGCAGGACGCCAGCAGCAGCGUGGGUUUGGAGACCUAUUUCUACGGCGGCGGUGGCGGCGGCGACGGCGACGGCGACGCGGCGUUGGUGGAGGUCAACCUGGAGGAGGAGUACGCUGACCAGCUGAUCCCCGGCGCGGAUGCGUGGCACGGCAGCACCGCGGGGUGGAGCUCGGAGGACGGCGACGCAGCACUGAGAGAGGCAGCGUCGCGGGCCAUAUUGCUCGGUCCGGAGGAACGGAGAGCACCGAAUAUGAGCUCCGGCAUACGGAGCUGGAGAGAUUGUAGCUACGAUUCGAUAGCGCAUGUGAUCUGUCCGACAGCGCUGUGGUACUGGUAGGAUUUAGGAAGUAGUGGUCUCCUUCGUCCUCGUUGUUCACAUCGACGACGACAUGAAUGGUUGGUGCGCGGUGUGUGUGUGGGUGUGAGUGACGACUGUGCGGGAGGGUUUCCUGAUGAGCGCGCCCGUACCGCCAAUUUAAUUAUGCGGGGAUUGUAUUUGUCGGCCGUACCAUUGUUCUUUAAUUAGAUUUCCAUUAAAUAGCUGCGUGAGUUUCCUCAUAAAA